AUGCAGAAUCAACGCCUGCUCAUAGAAUUCAAUGGCUUGAAGACUGCCAGCCCGGCGGGUGUCUUUCUCAGCUUGUCACCCAGUGACCCAGCACUGUGGACUGGCGUGAUUUUUGUUAGAGAUGGCCCCUAUGCACCGGCUAUCUUGCGGUUCCAGAUAUCGUUCCCAGCAGCAUAUCCAGCUAUCCCUCCCCUCAUUACGUUCCCAACGGAUGUUUUCCACCCUCUACUUGCACCGUUGACCGUGCAGCUGUACACUUCCUCUGAAGAUGACAGCAACGGUGUCGUCGUUCUAGAUGAUGAGAAGCUGCCUCCCGGAGGCUUCAGUUUGAGGCAUGGGUUUCCAUCCUGGUUCAAGAGGACAAGAACCAAGCCUGUUUCCGGCGAGGAAAGACAUCCGACUGAGACUCCCGAAAAUAAGAGCGCAAGUUCCCAGGUCACGCCUAUUGCCCUGAGCAGCAGCUCAUCAACGUCCCGUGAUAUGGCUGAUCCUGAGGACGGAAUCACAGUCUAUGAGCUCUUGAGAUAUAUUAGGAGCACCUUCGACGAUGCCAGUAUGCUUGACGAAGUACCAAUAGAAGCAGCUGGAAACUCUGGAGCCUGGAGGGCUUGGAAAGCUCACCGAGCCCAUGAAGCUCAAGUUGCUCAAGUAAAGAGACUUUUAGGGAUAAGCGGCAACACAAGUUCUCCAUCAAAACGGAACCUGGUGCCAAAGCCAGUUAGGCAGCCUGGGGAAUGGAAUUGGGAGGGCGUCUGGGAAGUCCGAGCAAAGAAAGGCAUUGAUCUCAGCGUUUCUGAAGCGUCCCUCUACGGGAAUUCAACGUCAAACGAUGAGCUGAUCAAUUUCCUUGAAGCUGACGAGGAGGUCGUGGAGACCAUGAAAGAGAAUAUGGUCCGCAGCUUAAGAGCCGCAUGA